GAUUGGUAUAACCUUAAAGAAUACGUUACAUAAAUCGUCUUAAACUCGAUAAGGGUUUCUUCAUAAUCACAUUCUUGAUUCCUCCGCUAAAAUAUAUAUUUUACUGUAAAUUUAACAAUGUCAGUCAGAUACGUUACAGUUUUGUCGAAAUUGUUUCGAAACCGAACAUCGAAGGCAAUAACUAGAAGACUGUUUUCUGUAAACUUAGCUGCAGCUGAAGACAACAAAAAUGAAAACUUUACCACCAGCCUGGAAUUUCUUUCUCCCGAUACAGUUAAGACAAUUCCGAGUUAUAGGGUGCUCGACCUAUCUGGCCAAGUUUUAAAUAAAAAUGAAGAACCUAAGAUAGAUGAUGCGAAACUGGUCAAAAUGUACGAAACAAUGGUCACAUUAAACGUGAUGGAUAAAAUUUUAUACGAUUCGCAAAGACAGGGUAGGAUAUCAUUUUAUAUGACAAGUUACGGAGAAGAGGCUUCUCACCUAGGUUCUGCAGCGGCGUUAGACAAUGAAGACUUGGUUUACGCUCAAUACAGAGAAACUGGAGUUCUUCUUUGGAGGGGAUUUACUCCUGAAGAAUGUAUGAAUCAAUGUUACGGUAAUAAUUUGGAUAAAGGAAAAGGAAAACAAAUGCCAUGCCAUUUCGGAAGUAAAGUUCAUAAUUUUAUUACAAUAUCGUCUCCUUUAACUACACAGAUGCCACAAGCUGUUGGUUCAGCAUAUGCUUUUAAAAGAGCUCAGAAUGGAAAAUGCGUUAUAGUUUAUUUUGGAGAUGGUGCUGCAAGCGAAGGAGAUGCGCAUGCUGCUUUUAAUUUUUCAGCCACACUUGAAUGCCCGGUCAUUUUCUUUUGUAGAAAUAAUGGUUAUGCAAUUUCAACGCCGGUUAAAGAACAAUACAGAGGUGACGGUAUUGUCAGUAGAGGCCAAGGAUAUGGAAUCACAUCAAUCAGGGUUGACGGUAAUGACAUAUUGGCCGUGUACAAUGCCACUCUUGCUGCUAGAAAUUAUUGCCUUUCUAACAACAAACCUGUUAUUGUUGAAGCAAUGACAUACAGGGUUGGUCAUCAUAGUACAUCUGACGACAGUUCGGCUUACCGCUCAGCGGAAGAAGUAAAAAAAUGGGUACAGACUGACAAUCCUAUGGUAAGGACGUUUAAAUACCUCCAUGGAAAGAAUCUGUGGGAUGAGAAAAAACAAAGUGAAUGCGAAAAAGAGGCUAAAUCCAUUAUCCUGAAAGGAUUCGGAAGAGCAGAAAAAGUAAAGAAACCCAACUGGACUGAAAUGUUCACUGAUGUCUUAGCAAGUGAAAAUGACAUUUUAAUGGAGCAGAAAGAAUAUAUGAGAAAACACCUUGAAAAAUAUUCAGACUGUUAUCCCCUUCAGUAAGAGGCUGAAUUAGCGAAAUUAACAAAAAUACCAUCGGAGGAGAUCUUGAAUCAUGUUAAUUAUGAUAUAUAUAUUUUUGAAAUAAAAUGUUAUAAAUAAA